GCGCGAGACAGCGCCCGGAGAGGCCCGCGCGGGCGGGAGGUGUGCCCGGCACAGACCCCGCGACCCCGGGGCAAGACGCUCCCCGGAGAGGAUGGGCGCUCAUACGAAGGGUGCAGAAGCUGACGUGGAGGCUGCUGGAGCGCGCGGGCCGGGGUGUCUUCCGGGGACCCGCCAUGCUGGUGACUGCCUACUUUGCCUUUUUGGUCCUCCUGGCUGCCUGCCUGGGCUUGGAGCUGUCAAGAUGCCAGGCGAAACCCCCUGGAAGGGCCUGUAGCAACCCCUCCUUUCUUCGUUUUCAACUGGACUUCUACCAGGUCUACUUCCUGGCCUUGGCGGCUGACUGGCUGCAGGCCCCCUACCUCUAUAAACUCUAUCAGCAUUACCACUUCCUGGAGGGUCAGAUCGCCAUCCUCUAUGUCUGUGGCCUGGCCUCCACGGUCCUCUUCGGACUGGUGUCCUCCUCACUUGUGGAUUGGCUAGGUCGCAAGAAGUCCUGUGUCCUCUUCUCCCUCACUUACUCCCUGUGCUGUUUAACCAAACUGUCUCGGGACUACUUUGUGCUGCUGGUGGGCCGAGCACUGGGUGGGCUGUCCACGGCUCUGCUCUUCUCCGCCUUUGAAGCCUGGUACAUCCACGAGCAUGUGGAGCGGCAUGACUUCCCCGCCGAGUGGAUCCCGGCCACCUUUGCCCGGGCUGCCUUCUGGAACCACGUGCUGGCCGUCCUGGCAGGUGUGGCAGCCGAGGCGGUAGCCGGCUGGAUGGGGCUGGGGCCUGUAGCCCCCUUUGUGGCUGCCAUCCCCCUUUUGGCUCUGACUGGGGCCUUGGCCCUUCACAGCUGGGGCGAGAACUACGAUCGGCAGCGAGCCUUCUCCAGGACCUGUGCCGGGGGCCUGCGCUGCCUCCUGUCAGACCGCCGUGUACUGCUGCUAGGCACCAUCCAGGCCCUGUUUGAGAGCGUCAUCUUCAUCUUUGUCUUCCUCUGGACGCCCGUGCUGGACCCACAUGGGGCGCCCCUAGGCAUCGUCUUCUCCAGCUUCAUGGCAGCCAGCUUGCUCGGCUCUUCCCUGUAUCGCAUUGCCACCUCCAAGAGGUACCACCUUCAGCCCAUGCACCUGCUCUCGCUCGCUGUUCUCAUCGUGGUCUUCUCCCUCUUCAUGUUGACGUUCUCCACCAGCCCAGGCCAGGAGAGUCCAGUGGAGUCCUUCAUAGCUUUCCUGCUCAUCGAACUGGCCUGUGGACUCUACUUUCCCAGCAUGAGCUUCCUGCGGAGAAAGGUGAUCCCCGAGACAGAGCAGGCGGGUGUCCUCAACUGGUUCCGGGUGCCCCUGCACCUGCUGGCCUGCCUGGGCCUCCUGGUGCUCCAUGACAGCGAUCGCAAAACGGGCACUAGGAACAUGUUCAGCAUCUGUUCUGCCGUCAUGGUGAUGGCUCUCCUGGCGGUGGUGGGGCUCUUCACUGUGGUCAGGCACGACGCUGAGCUGCGGGUGCCCUCACCCAGUGGGGAGCCCUACGCCCCCGAGCUCUAGCCCUGUUCCAGAGCAAGAGGGCUGGGAUGGACUCUUGAAUCCUGCCUCUCCAGGACUGCACAGGUCUCUCUGUGAAUGACUCUGCGACUCUCUGGCCUCUCGGUCUGUCCUGGGACCCCGCUGCCAGUGCUUUGGGUUGGGGAGCUCCUGGGGGUGAUGAACUGGAAAGAAGAUGCCAAAUGUUGCCUCUGUGUUACUCCCUUUCCCUUUUAAAAUAAAUACUU